AUGAAUGUAAAAGCUGUAAAAAAUGAGUUCCAUAUACCAAGGAAUAUGUCAAAACCAUCAAUAAUUCACAUCAUCUUACUAAAUCGAACUUUUCGAAUUCUUCUUGCACUUGGAAUAUUUUGCAUGCUAGUUCCUCUGCUCGAUUACUUAUAUUUUUAUUAUACUGAUGUAGCUGAAUUUAAAAUCGAUGAUUCCGGCAUUUGCUCACAUCCUUACAGCUAUCAAAUUCCUUGCGGGAAUGACGAGAAUAUCACCGAAUUGGAAUGUAAAGCAAGUGCAUGCUGCUUUUCCAGCAAUACCGGAUGCUAUCAUUUCCUUCCAUCAAAGUAUCAAUUGAAAUUGAAAUCAGAACGUCCUUGGAGCAUAGACGAAGUAUUUGUGCCAACAAAGGAAGUCUCUCCAUUAAAGACUGUUAUGUACGAGUCAAUGAAAUUAGAUAUAGUCGAAGAAAGUGAUGAGGUUUUAUCAAUUAUGCUGUGGAAUCCAUCUCUUAUGUCGUACAAUGUCACAAAGAGUCUGAAAAGCUUUAAAAAUAAUUCAAAUUAUAGCUGGAAAGUAUUUUCGCCCGAGUUAUUUAUUGAAGUAAAAAGGAAGAUAAAUAAUGAAACAAUUUUUAGUACAACGCGUGGUGCAUUGAUCGUUAGUGAGAAUUACUUCGAGUGGAGUGUAUUUUUAGGAAGCAACGAUUUACAAUUGAUGGGCUUCGAUACAACAGAUUUGAAAGAGGGUCAUCGGAUUUUAAUCAACAAUGUUCAUUCAUCUGUCAUUCCAUAUGUCGUAGCGUAUGACACAAAGACCAAACACUACCAUGGAUUACAUUUUGAGUCAAUUGAUAGUCCAACGGAGAUUCAAAUACUAAAAUCAAAUACAAUCAUCAUAAAACAAUAUUACAGUGCAUCAUUCAGAAUGAAAUUGUUCACUGGUCCAGCAUACGCUGACGUCUACAAGCAAAUAAAAUCCUUUGUAAAAAAAUCCUACUAUCCAGAUGAUUUCUGGUCCUUUGGCGUGCAUUAUUGUCACACAAAUCUACAAUACAAUGAAGCUAGUACGAAAAUUGAAUUGAGUCAAUUGCUAAUCAAUUCAAAGAUAAUUCCAUUUGACAGUCAUUGUAUCGAUAGUGAACUAACGGCACUCCUUAUGUCUCAAAAUAAUACAGACAUUAUUUCAAACAUCUAUCGAGAUGAGAUUGAAGAGCUGAAGCAAAAGAAUAAAAAGAUCCUCAUUCACAUGAGUUUGAACGCAAUUGAGGUGAUAACGAAUGAUGAGACAGAACAGCAACAACGACAUGAAGCGUUCAAGAGCGACGAAUUAUUUCUUAAGGAUGUCGAUGGAACAACUAAUUUUAUUGGUUUAUAUGGUGAAAAUAAAAAAGUUUUGUACCUUGAUUACAUCACGAAAUCAUCGAAAAUUGCUGAAAUACUCAUGUCUCAAAAGCAACAGCAUCAAUUUGAUGUCUUUAAAUUAUCAAAUGGCAUUUUUCUCUUUAAAAAUUUUCCAUUCUAUAAUACAGUUAACAAGAAGCCACCGAGCAUUGACGAUUUCACAUUCAAGCCAAAAAAUUUCGAGACUGAAAUUGAAAACUUGAUUCCAUUAAAUGUUAAACUUGAGAACGGAGAACCUUUAAUCCAUCAAUUAAAUAACUAUGGACGAGAGCAGAUUGAAGUUUUCCAACAAACUUUAAAUGAUGAUGGUAAAAAGUUUUGCAUUGCAGACUCAUAUCGAGAAACAUCGAAUGAAUGGUGUGGAAUGCUGAUGAGAGUUAAGAAAGCAAGUUGGACAAAUUUUCAGUCAACUAUCAAUAAAUCAGUAUUCUAUUCUUUAAUUGGAAUGUCAUUCUAUGGUGCUGAAGUAUGUGGCAGUGGGGGUUGGGGUCAUGGCAGCAAUAUUGAUGAUGAUAAUAAUAAUAUUGACAAUAUUGCAGAAGAAUUGUGCAUACGAUGGUAUCAAUUUGCCACUUUCAUGCCACUCUUUUAUGUUAAUUCCGAUCGAGUUCCAACAAAAUUUACAAAAUAUGCUCAACGAAUUAUGGUUCUUGCAAUUCGUACGAGAUAUGCAUUACUAAAUUAUAUGAGGACGUGCAUGUUAAUGGAAAUACCUUUAUUGAGACCAUUGAGAUAUGUCUAUCCAGAAAUUCUCAUUGAUGACGAUAAUGCUGACGAGAUUGAAUUAAUCUCAAACCAUCAGUUGAUGUUCGGUGACUCACUUAUGAUUGCACCUGUAAUGGAACCACUUACCGUUCAAGUCAAUCUCUAUUUUCCUGAAAAGUAUUACGAAAUGUGGUCAGGCUUAGAAAUGCCACAAAACUCAACUCACUUUUCAAUCGUUAUGCAUGACAUUCCAAUCUUCAUUCGUGCAGGUCACAUUAUUGCACUUAAUCUCGCACAUGAAUCAGUGUCGGCACAGGAAGCAAGAUUACAGCCAUAUCUCCUCAUCGUUGCUCUCUCGUGUACCGAAAACUUCACAUGUUAUGCUCGAGGAAAGCAGAGCAUUGUAGAUGGGGUGGAGUUAAAGUUUGAAGCAUCUGAAACUCAUCUCAACAUAACUGUAAUUACAGACGAGAAUCCCAGUGAGAGAAGAAAUGAAAUUUGUGGACCGGAACCGUUCGCCUCAAGUGAAUUUCGGUUUGCCAAAAUUUAUGGAUUGGGAGAUUUUAAGGAAAUGUAUCGUAAUGAUUAUUUAUCGUUGGAUUUAAAUAUUUGCGAUGCAGACUGGAAGGAAAUUUUUAGUAUUUCAAUUUAA